AGACACUUGCAGACGCUGAAUCCCAGACACAGAGAAGGAAAUGUGAACGAGUGUGACGAGAGAUUGAGUUUUUACACAGGGUUUGUAACCGGGAAAGCGUGUAUCGAUGAUCCUUCCAGCGGUUUUCAACUUCUCUGAUCCACACGGAGCCUGAAGGACGUAAAGAUGAUGCUCAACUUUCUCCCGGUGCGGAAAUUCAAGCGCAACGGCAGAUAUAUUGUGUUCUGGGCGGUGCUGAUGGUCGCGUUACUGGCGGUUUAUCUGGAGUUCAUGGCCACGAGCGAGUGGAGCAGCACUGACGUAACCGUCCGCAGCGUCACUGGGCCAAAAGCUGCUGCUCGACGAGCGGCUCAAGAAGAUCACAUCUCUGAUGAUAAUCAUGAGAAAGACAUCUGGAUACCAAAAAACACUCAACAGACAUGGAGGAUGGAGUAUAAAGGACAGGCUAAUCUUCACAUCUUUGAGGACUGGUGUGGCUCAUCUAUAGCUCAACUACGGAAGAAUCUACAUUAUCCACUAUAUCCUCAUAAUCGUUCAACUGUGAAGAAACUUGCUGUGUCGCCUAGUUGGACCAAUUAUGGACUCAGGAUAUUUGGCUACAUACAUCCUUAUAGUGAUGGUGACUUUCUGUUUGCAGUGGCGUCUGAUGAUAACAGUGAGUUCUGGCUCAGCGACGAUGAGAAUCCCGUAAAUCUCAAGCUCCGUGCUUAUGUUGGAAAGACAGGUAGAGAAUGGACCGCCCCAGGGGAAUAUGGGAAAUACGCCAGUCAGAAAUCAGAUCUUAUUCCUCUUCAGAAGACCAGUAAAUAUUUCUUUGAGCUCAUUCAUAAACAGAACGAUCAAGGAACGGACCAUGUGGAGGUUGCGUGGCAGCUCAAACAGGCUGGACACGGAUAUUCAAUCAUCGAUUCCAAGUUCAUCUCCCUCUAUAUCAAUGAGUCCACUCUGAAGGCAGGAGAUGUCAAUCACAUUCCUCAGACCACUGCCAGUCAUGUGACUCCGCCCCAGAGGUCAUCUCAGACUCCGCCCCAUGGAGCAGACAUGCUGAGAGCAGAUCCACGAGACUCGUUUCAUCAGGUUCCAUUACUGGACAGGCUGCGUUUGCAGGGAGUUUUACCUGACUGCAUCUAUAACCCCAGUUACAUCAUAAAGGGAUAUCCUCUAAUGCGCUACCAGGGCCUGCAGUUUGUCCACCUGACGUAUGUGUAUCCCAAUGAUUACACACGGCUCACACACAUGGAGAGCGAUAACAAAUGUUUCUACCAUAAAAAUCCAUACUACCUGGACAGAUAUGGCUUCUCAAACUACAUUCAACUUGAUCUGCCUGAAAACGAAGAGCUCAUCAAAUUCAAAGGAGAUAGAAAUUAUGAGAAGAAGCGGCAAGAGGAAGGUAUGGAGAGGAACGAGGUUCUCCAAGAUUAUGGCGAUUAUUACGAUUACUCAAUGCAGAUGCGCCGCCAACUGUUCUCCGUCCAAAAAAAUGGCAGAAUCAGAAAAAAGAGGCAAGACGGGAAAAUUGAUGUCGAAUUUGAACAGAUAGACCAAGACAACCAAGCUAAGGAAAUCCCAAAACCACCUGAAGAACCACAGAACCUCCCAGAGGAACCACAGCACCAACCGAGAAGGAAGAAAAAGAGACGCCCUCAAAAACACCUGAAGGACCAACACUACCUCCAAAAUGCACCUUCUGAAGUAAAGACCCAAGACCAGAGAAAAGAAAAAGACUCUGUGGUUGCACAACCGAUUCAGGAUUUCUUCAUGGAGAAGAUACCUGAUCAGCAGAAUCCAGGACCAGCUCAGAAAGAAGGCCGCUGGAGGUCAGAGGUGAAACAUCAAAUGGACCAAUCGCUCCGUCAGGAUGGUGGAAUUGAGCUCCACCCACUUAAAGCCCAACACGGCAAUAGUAGCGAUGGAAAUCCAAACCCUGUUGCCGUCAGAGACGGAGAUAUUCCCAUGAAGAACAUACGAGAAGUCGAUGAGUUGAAGGAAAGGUCAGUGACCAACCCUGCCAUUUUUGAUGAGGUCCAGAAUGAACAUCAUCACCUUGUAAAUCGGAUGGGUAAUCGAAAAGUCUUUCUGGGAGAACAUGUGGACAAAGCACACAAGAACUCAUUAGAUGUGGUAGAAGUAAAGAAGAAGAACGGUACAGAUGAACGACCGUCUUUGGAUGGGGAUGAAGUCAAAGCAGAAGCAAUGAUGAGGCCCAAACACCCAAAACGUAAAGCAGAAAAAGCUGUGCAUGUUCUGAAGGACAACCCUGAAAAGGUUGUAGUAGAUGACAACAGUCAAAAUGACAACAAUAUCAUCAAGCAUACAAAAGUGGCACAUCAUCUCCCAAUCACCCAAAAUCCACAGCAAAACACAUCAUAUCAAAAGGGCAAUGAGCACAAGACGUGGGUCCUCUCCGCUCCGCCCACAGAAGAGCAGAAGCACUGGGGUGGUGUAAAUGAUGCCAGAAGGGGAAAUGAGAUGCAGGAUAGUGAGAUACAUAUAGAAGAGAUUGACGAUGGACGAGGUGAAGAAGACGGUUUGGUGGAUCAUGGUUUCUCGGAGGAAGAAGACUAUGACCUCAUCAAUAAGGCUGUGUUUGAUGUGGAAGUCAAUUGGUCUCAGACGUUCCAGGCUAAACCCCUAGAUCUGUAUGCCAUGCGCUCCGAUUGGAUUGAUCUGAAGUGUAAUGUGUCUGGAAACCUGCUGCUCGACGAAUCAGAAGCGCUGUCCGUAGUCGAAGCUUUUAUGAAGAAACUAAACAAGAAAUACCCAAGGCAGUUCUCUCUAGAUCGUAUCGUGAACAUUGAGACGAAGCCUGAUUAUAAUCGGGGCAGUAGAUAUCUCCUGGAACUGGACCUGCUGGAGGCUUCAGGACACCACUUGCGCCUGGUUCAGUACAUCUUUGUGAAAAGAACUGAAGAUUGGGGUUCUCAUAAAAAACAAAAGGUUCAGGAUGAAGAACUUAAGCUUUGCAAUCCGUAUAGCUUCUACUGGAACCCGACAGCUACUGUCCACUUCAUCAUCCCAGUGAAGAACCAGGCCCGUUGGGUACAGCAGUUUAUUUCUGACAUGGAGGAGUUAUACCGCACCACUGGAGAUCAGAACUUCAACGUCAUCAUUACUGACUAUGAAAGCACUGAUAUCAACAUAGAAAAAGCACUACAAAACUCUUAUUUACCCAGGUAUCAGUACCUCCGGCUGAGUGGAAACUUUGAGAGAUCAGCAGGACUGCAAGCAGGAAUUGACCUCAUUACUGACGAUCACAGCAUUGUGUUUCUUUGUGAUCUGCACAUCCAUUUUCCUCCUGGCUUCAUCGACACUGUGAGAAAACACUGUGUGGAGAGACGCAUGGCCUUUGCUCCCAUAGUCAUGAGACUGAACUGUGGCGCUACACCUCUGGAGCCUGAUGGUUACUGGGAGGUCAAUGGCUUUGGCCUUCUGGGAAUUUAUAAAUCAGACCUGGACUCUAUUGGGGGCAUGAACACCAGAGAAUUCACUGACCGCUGGGGCGGAGAGGACUGGGAACUACUGGACAGGAUCCUUCAGGGUGGGCUUGAGGUGGAGCGUCUGUACCUCAGGAACUUCUUCCAUCACUUUCAUUCAAAGCGUGGAAUGUGGAAUCGCCAGAUGCUGCGCAACACGUAACCGAGUCAACAGUCUCGCCGCUGCUGAGCAACGGUUACCACGGCACUUUAAACGUUUGGUGAACCUCAGGACAUUCCAGAUGUGCGUUCCAGAUCGCAUCUGAUCGAAGGUGAUUUUGAGGUGAAAAUUAGUGGAAACAAACAGAGACUCAGGAAAAGGUGAUGUUUUGUUUGAAGAUGAGUUAUGCAACAUCUCCAGCUGCUAUGGGAUCAUUUCCAGAGUAGAAAUGUUUCUCUAAUGCCAACUACACUGUCAAGGAAAAAAACUGUAAACUGAGCUAAAGGAACAUUUUGAGGUCACUGAAGGUUUCAGCAUCACUUCCAGGUCAAUAAUAUGCCUUGAGUUGCGUCUGGCUAAGUAUUCUGUUCUCACAGACAGAAUUGUGACGUACAAUGAGAUGCAUAUACUGAGAAAAUGUGUAUUUAUUCAGGUAGAUGAGUGUCUUGGGUGAGGGGUUUGUCUUUGCACACUGUUAUUAUGUGUUUUAUGCUGUGUGACCUUUUAGAGACUGAAAGAAUCUGUGGACAAAGCUAAAGAGAUGUGCAAUAUUCCCAGAGGCACAGAGCGUGUUUUUGAAUAGUGAAUUAAUUCAGGUUAGAAAUGCUGAUCCGUUUUCAGGUCAAUCGCAUAAAGCUUGUCAAGAACACGUCUGCGCCAUAUUUCGUCCCCAAAAUACAAAA